AUGGGAAUACUUGAUAUUGUUCCAAAAGGAGUUAUUACUGGAAUUGAUGUAUUUAACCUUUUUACAUAUGCUAAAGAAAAUGAAUUUGCUAUUCCUGCAGUGAAUUGCACAUCAUCAUGUACUGUUGUUGCAGUUUUAGAAGCAGCCAGAAAUAGUAACUCACCAAUUAUUAUUCAAAUAUCGCAAGGAGGUGCAGCUUAUUUUGCUGGUAAAGGUCUUAACAAUGAUAAACAACAAGCUUCAAUUACAGGAGCUAUUUCGGCAGCCCUUUUCAUAAGAUCUAUUGCGCCUCUUUAUAACAUUCCAAUAGUUUUACAUACUGAUCAUUGCUCGAAAAAACUUUUGCCAUGGCUAGAUGGGAUGCUUGAUGCUGAUGAACAAUAUUUCAAAGUCCACGGUGAACCUCUUUUCAGUUCACAUAUGAUUGAUUUAUCAGAAGAACCUAAAGAAUUCAAUAUUGAACUAACAAAAAAGUAUCUUCAGCGUGCAGCUCCCAUGAAACAAUGGCUUGAAAUGGAAAUUGGAAUUACUGGAGGUGAAGAAGAUGGUAUUAAUCAUGAAGGAAUCAGCAACGAUAAAUUAUAUACUCAACCUGAAGAUAUUUUAGACGUCUAUAAUUCAUUAUCUCUUAUUUCUCCUUAUUUUUCUAUUGCAGCAGCUUUUGGAAAUGUUCAUGGUGUCUAUGCACCAGGAGGUGUACACCUUCGCCCAGAACUUUUAGGAAUACAUCAAGAAUAUGUUAAACAAAAACUUAAUUGCAACGAUAGUAAACCUCUGUUUUUAGUAUUUCAUGGAGGAUCUGGAUCUUCACUUGAAGAAUUUCAAACUGCUAUUAAAUUCGGAGUCGUCAAAAUAAAUAUUGAUACAGAUACUCAAUACAGUUUUCUAGAAGGCAUUCGUGACUAUAUUUUAUCAAAAAAAGAUUAUUUAAUGUCUCAAGUAGGAAAUCCCGAAGGAAAAUAUAAACCAAACAAAAAGUUUUUUGACCCUCGUGUAUGGGUUCGUGAAGGAGAAAAAUCUAUGUCUAAAAGAGUGGAAAUUGCUCUUAGUAAUUUUGGAACAAAAAACACAUUAUAA